CGAACUCCAAAUCCAAAAAGAUUUGGGGGUAUCAAAGAUUAUUCUACUGGAGGAUCUGCGGCCGCCAUCACAUCGCCGGACAGUGGAGUUGGAGGGAGACAGAGAGGAUGCAUUCGUUCGCGUACCGCCUGAACACCCUCCUCACCUUCUCUCUCCUCCUCCUCGCCGUCCUCUGCGGCGCCGCCUCCUUUCUCGACGCCUUCAAUUCCCCCCUGUCCGCCUCCUCCUCCCAUGUCCAAGCCAGUGCCCAGGUGCUUAAGGUUAAUCGGUUUCGGAGGCAGCUGAAUGGGGCUGAUGAGGUUAGCUUGACAUUCAAUGUUUCUUUGGACGUGCAGCCACUGUUUACAUGGAAUACAAAGCAGGUUUUUGUCUUCCUUGCUGCUGAGUACGAAACUCCAAAGAAUGCCCUUAACCAGAUCUCGCUAUGGGAUCACAUAAUCCUGGAUAAGGACCAGGCAAAGUUCCAGACAAAGGUGACCACCAAGUAUCCUCUAAUCGAUCAGGGAAGCAAUCUCCGUGGUAGAAAAGUUGAUCUUAUUCUCCACUGGCAUGUUAUGCCUAAGACUGGCAGAAUGAUCCGAGACAAGCUGCACCUAUCGGACUUCCAUCUGCCGGAGGCUUAUACGUAGGUACGAGCUUAACAUCUUUAGGUACUUUUAUACUGCUAGUUAGAACCGGAAGAGGGCUUUUUUUUUUAUCGGUAUCGUGUAUGAAUCAAGUGAAUUUGAAAGCAGAACAUCUGCUGGUUAUCAAAAAGGCUAUCGUCUUGCUCCAACCUCAUUUUACCGGAUACAAUGAAUAAAAAUGUUUGCGUCAUGAUUCAA